GCAUAGGGAGAAGCCCCCAGGAUGGAUAUGACUGUGGGUGGAAGCUGGAGAUUAGGAAGGAAAAGCUGAGCAGACAGGAGACACAGGCGACUGUUCCUCAGGGAAGCCGUGUGGAGGGCUGCCAGUGGGGAAGAGUGGGUGACCCAGCCAUGUCCAGGACAUGAUGAACCGUUCCCACACUAUGAAGACCGGUGUGCUCCUCCUGCUGGUGAGCCUACUGUGUGCAGAGAAAGCUCAGGGGUUGCGCUGCUACCAGUGCCCUCAGUACACACCUGAGACUUGCCAACAAGUCAACUGCUCCUACCCUAACGGCGUCUGCGUUACUGAGGAGAUAAAAUCCACUAUGGAUUCUUACAAAAUGACAUUAAUAAACAAGUUCUGCUCUCCCACCUGCCCCGAUAAGGAGUCUCCUGGAACUCUGGAAAUCCUGGGCGUCACCGUCAACUCCAAGAUUUCCUGCUGUAACACAGACCUCUGCAAUGCGGCAGGUGCCACUGGGGGCAGCAUCUGGACCCUGGCAGGGGUGCUUCUGUUUAGCCUGGGGUCGGUCCUCCUGCAGGCCUGGUUGUGAUGGUCCUUCCUGCCACUCUGGCCCUCAUCUUCCUAUCCCCGUGUGUAAUCACUCCUUCCUGGAGCCCUCUCAUGAUGAAUUAUGAGUUAUAAAAACCCUGAAGUGGGGUUAAGGUGUGGGCCACUUUGCUUCAACUUUUAGGCCCUAUCACCACGUCCUUCAGAAUGCCAUUCUGCUGUGGCUUGCUGUUCUUGGUUCUGGAGGCAGGUGGACAGUACCAGGAAGGGGAAGGAUUCCAAGGCAUUGUGCCCACGCUGUUUACACAUGAAUCUCUGGGCGCCUGUGGGUUUCUCCUACAUACUGCUCAAAGUUGAGUUCAAUAAACCCUUUGUCUUCCUA